AUGUCGUUCGAUAGACCUGAGGUUUACAGUGCUCCUGUUCUGCAAGGUGAAUCCCCAAAUGACGAUGAUAAUACCGAAAUUAUCAAGUCAUUCAAAAACUUUCUUUUGGAAUUUAGAUUCGAUUCCCAUUUCUUGUACAGAGAUCAACUUAGAAAUGCUUUGCUAGUCAAGAAUUAUUCUUUGACCGUGGAUAUGGAACAUUUGAUUAGUUAUAAUGAAGAUUUGUAUAAAAAAUUGUCAGAUGAACCUUCUGACGUGAUACCUUUAUUCGAAAGUGCUAUAACGCAAGUGGCUAAGAGAAUUGCAAUCUUAAAUAAAUCUACUGCAGAUGUCAACCCUGAUAUUGUUACUCGUAGUUCAGACCCUGAUGAAAUUAAAUUACCAACUUUCCAACUGAUUUUAAAUUCAAAGGCAAACCAGAUUUUACUGAGAGAAUUAGAUUCACAACAUGUUUCAAAAAUUGUCCGUCUUUCUGGUAUUAUCAUCUCUUCUUCUGUUUUAUCUUCAAGAGCUACUUAUUUAUCUCUAAUGUGUCGCAACUGUAGACAUACUACCUCUAUGAGAAUCAACAAUUUCAACUCCAUAAAUUCCAGCAGUUCGGUUACUUUGCCUCAUUCGUGCUUAUCUUCUGCAAACACAGACGAUGAAUUGAAUGGCGGUGCUCCAAAAAAUUGUGGUCCAGAUCCUUAUAUUAUCGUUCAUGAAUCAUCUGAAUUUAUAGAUCAACAGUUCUUGAAAUUACAAGAAAUUCCAGAAUCUGUUCCAGUGGGGGAGAUGCCACGUAAUAUUCUAAUGACCUCAGAUCGUUAUUUAACAAAUAGAGUUGUCCCAGGUACCCGUGUAACUAUCGUUGGUAUAUACUCUAUUUAUCAAGCUAAAAAGAGAAACGCUGCAGGUGGCGGUGGUGGUGGUGUUGCAAUUAGAAAUCCAUAUAUUAAGGUUCUAGGUAUACAAACUGAUGUUACAACUAGUGGACUAAGUGGCUCAACAAUGGCCAUGUUUUCAGAAGAAGAAGAAGAAGAGUUUUUGCAAUUGAGUAGGAGACCUGAUAUCUACGAUUUAUUUACAAAAUCAAUUGCCCCAUCGAUCUUCGGUAACCAAGAUAUUAAGAGGGCAAUCGUUUGCUUGUUGAUGGGUGGUUCUAAAAAAAUUCUACCAGAUGGUAUGAGACUAAGAGGUGAUAUUAAUGUUUUGCUAUUAGGUGAUCCAGGUACCGCUAAAUCUCAAUUACUUAAAUUCGUCGAAAAAGUUUCUCCAAUUGCAGUAUAUACAUCCGGUAAAGGUUCAUCUGCUGCUGGUUUAACUGCUUCUGUGCAGAGAGAUCCUGCCACCAGGGAAUUUUACUUGGAAGGUGGUGCAAUGGUAUUAGCAGAUGGUGGUGUCGUUUGUAUUGAUGAAUUCGAUAAGAUGAGGGAUGAAGAUCGUGUUGCUAUCCAUGAAGCAAUGGAACAACAAACUAUAUCUGUCGCAAAAGCUGGUAUCACCACUGUUUUAAACUCCAGAACAAGUGUCUUAGCGGCUGCUAACCCAAUAUAUGGUCGUUAUGAUGACUUAAAAUCACCUGGUGAGAAUAUAGAUUUUCAAACUACAAUUUUAUCCCGUUUUGAUAUGAUUUUUAUUGUAAAAGAUGAUCAUAAUGAGGAACGUGAUAUUUCAAUAGCGAAUCAUGUUAUUAAUAUACAUACAGGUCGUGCUGCUCAAAAUGAUGAGGAAUUAGAAGAAUCCAGAAAUGAACUUUCUAUGGAGAAAAUGAAACGUUACAUCACAUAUUGCAGGCUCAAAUGUGCUCCAAGAUUGACACCCGAAGCUUCAGAAAGAUUAUCAUCCCAUUUCGUUGAAAUCAGAAAGCAAUUGUUAAUUAACGAAUUAGAAUCUACAGAGAGAUCCUCAAUUCCAAUCACAAUCCGUCAAUUAGAAGCCAUCAUCCGUAUAACCGAAUCGUUAGCCAAAAUAGAGUUAAGUCCAGUUGCAGAAAUAAGACACGUAGAAGAAGCUAUUAGAUUAUUCCAAGCAUCGACUAUGGACGCUGCUUCUCAGGAUCCUAUCGGUGGUUUAAACAACAAUAAUUCAUCCUUAUUCGCAGAAAUUCGUCGUAUUGAACAAGAAUUGAAAAGAAGAUUACCAAUUGGUUGGUCUACCUCAUACCAAACACUCAAAAGAGAAUUCGUUGAUUCAAAUAAAUAUUCACAAGCUGCUUUAGACAAAGCAUUAUAUGUUUUAGAAAAGCACGAAACUAUUCAAUUGAGAUAUCAAGGUCAAAAUAUAUAUAGAAGUGGUGUAUAG